CAGGGUUCAGGCUGAGAGCAGUGUUGAAGAUGAGGCAGCAGCACAAACCUGAGCUCAGAGAAAAAAGGCUGAGCAAAGUUCAGCCAGAAAAGAGAAGUAUUUUUGAGGGAAUUCCCAAUAAAAAAGCCUAGGAAUGACACAAUGAAAUCUUUCCCAGCUUGUCAAUAUCUUCUUUCAAUAGUCCAUGACUCCCAGAGUGAAGAAAUGUCCAACAGCAGCUCCAUCAGCCACUUCCUCCUGCUGGCACUGGCAGACACGCGGCAGCUGCAGCUCCUGCACUUCUGCCUCUUGCAGGGCAUCUCCCUGGCUGCCCUCCUGGGCAACAGCCUCAUCAUCAGCGCCGGAGCCUGCGGCCACCACCUGCACGCGCCCAUGUUCUUCUUCCUGCUCAACCUGGCCCUCAGCCACCUGGGCUCCAUCUGCACCACUGUCCCCAAAGCUAUGCGCAAUUCCCUCCUGGACACCAGCACCAUCUCCUACUCAGCAUGUGCUGCUCAGCUGUUUCUGUUUCUCUUCAUCUCAGCAGAGUUUUCCAUUCUCACCAUCAUGUGCUACGACCGCUACGUGGCCAUCUGCAAACCCCUGCACUAUGGGACCCUCCUGGGCAGCAGAGCUUGUGCCCACAUGGCAGCAGCUGCCUGGGCCAGUGCCUUUCUCAAUGCUCUCAUGCACACGGCCAAUACAUUUUCCCUGCCCCUGUGCCAGGGCAAUGCCCUGGGCCAGCUCAUAUGUGAAAUCCCACACAUCCUCCAGCUCUCCUGUUCCAAAUCCUACCUAAGGGAAUUUGGGCUCAUUGUGUUUUCCAUUUCUUUACUAUUUGGCUGUUUGGUGUUCACUGUUUUCUCCUAUGUGCAGAUCUUCCGGGCUGUGCUGAGGAUCCCCUCUGAGCAGGGAUGGCACAAAGCCUUUUCCACCUGCCUCCCUCACCUGGCCGUGGUCUCCCUGUUCCUCAGCACUGGCACAGUUGCUUAUCUGAAGUCCCCCUCCAUCUCCUCUCCAUCCCUGGAUCUGGCCCUGUCAGUUCUGUACUCAGUGGUGCCUCCAGCCCUGAACCCCCUCAUCUACAGCCUCAGGAACCAGGAGCUCAAGGCUGCAGUGUGGAGACUGAUCACUGGAUGCUUUCAGAAACAUUGA